UAUAAAAUAAUAUCUAAAACAAAAAUGUAUACAUAUAGUAUAUAUUUAUCAAUUUUGUUUUUGGAUGGUUAUCUUUCAACUCAAAAUCUAUUGCGUGGUCCUUAUAAACCACCGCCUAUUAGUGAGGUUUGCCUGAGUUCAAUAUAUUGCCAAGGCGAUUUCCUACGUACAAUCCAAACUUCAAAAAUAUUUGAAGCAUCUAAAACAUUUGUGGAUAUGAAAAUGAAAAAGAAAAAAGAAACUAUAUUGAAUGAUUUUCGUACACUGAAUAAUACAUUUCAUGGAACUAUACCAUUACUCGAACUAAAAAAAUUUGUUAAAACUAAUUUCCAACAACAUACUAUUAAUAAAUGGUUACCGUCAGAUUUCAAAAAUCAUCCAAAAAUCAUUGACAAAGUACAAGAUUAUACAUAUAAAGAAUUCUUGUCUGGAAUAAACCAGCUUUGGAAAAAAUUGGCAAAAAAAAUAUCCGAAAAAGUUAAAACUGACAAAGAUCUUUAUUCAUUGAUAUAUGUACCAAACGGAUUCUUUGUAAACAUGGAAUUUCAAAAUGAAUUUAAUUAUUGGGAUGCAUAUUGGAUAAUAAGAGGAGCGUUGAUAUGUGGAAUGGAAACUACCGUGAAAGGGAUUUUAAAAAAUUUUAUUUAUAUAAUUCAAAAAUAUGGAUAUGUAUUGAUGGGAAACAGAAUAUACUAUAAAGGAAGAUCACAACCUCCACUUCUUACUCAAAUGAUGGCUACUUAUUAUGAAUAUACUAAAGACGAAAAAUUCAUAACUGAUAAUAUUGCGCUCCUAGAUGCGGAAAUGAUGUACUGGAUAAAAUAUAGAUCUAUUAAUGUAAAAAGUGUUGGUAAUACUUAUAUUAUGACUCAUUAUAUGAGCGAUGCAUGUAAUCCACGUCCUGAAAUGUACAGUAUUGAUGUACACAUUACGAAGAGUUUGCCUGCUGUUCGAUAUCAAAACGAAUAUUUGUGUAGAGUAAAAGCUGCCUCCGAAUCUGGCUGGGGAUUUUCAAGCAAACAUUUCCACAACCGAAAGCAUUACAAUGAUUUUAGAAAAACAUUAUUGAAAACAAAUCCACUGAAUUUUGCAUAUGUUGAAUUGAAUUCUAUAAUGCAAUCAAACUCCAAUAUUCUAUCAAAUUUAUAUCUCAUAGUUAAUGAUCAGGCGAACUCAAAUUUUUAUAAGCAACUCGCUCAUCGUUAUCAAAUCGGAAUAAACGCAUUAUUAUGGAACGAAGAUGAAAAAAUGUGGUUAGAUUUUGACACAACGAUAGCAGAAAGUCGUAAUUAUUUUUAUGCAUCUAAUUUAGCACCUCUGUGGACUGGAAGUUAUGAUGAUAAAUUAAGUGAAUUUUACGGCGAUUCAGCAGUGGAGUAUCUAAUAAGAAACAAUAUUAUAAAUAAAGAUUUGACACCUCGUUAUAUAUGCGUACCAACGUCUUUUUAUAACACUGGUCUAGACUGGGACUAUUUUAAUUGUUGGCCACAAUUACAAUCAAUGAUCAUUUUUGGAUUACAUUCAACUAGAAGCAAAAAAGCGCAAAAGGUAGCAUUCAAUUUAGCCAGUUCAUGGGUGAACACAAAUUUUGUGGGAUUUAAUCAGACUGGAACUCUAUUCAAAAAAUAUAGUGCAAUUAAAUUGGGCAGUGAUGGUGAAGAAAAAUCUCGUCAACAUUAUCCAACAGGAUAUGGAGUGACAAUCGGAGUAUUACUUGAGAUUUUUCAUGAAUGGGGAAAUAAACUGAAGAGUAAACAAUAAUACAUAAAAUUAAAUAAACACGCUGUUUUAAAAUA